AUGCCGACUCCACUAGAUCGGGCCCUCAAGUCCCAGAAUUUGUUCCUUGGCUUCGCAGGCAUGGUGACUGCCGUGGCAGCCUGGUCAAUCUGGGGAAGCGAUGUGUUCCCUGCCGAGGCCGAUCCCAAAGGCAAUCCCGAAUCCUGGACUGAAGAUGAGAUGAGAAGAUGGCUGCGCGCAAGAGGCCUACUGCCUAGCGACAACGCAACACGAGAAGAAUUGUUAGAAAGAGUCAAGGCAAAUCUGCGUAUACCGCGCAAGACGCAAUCUUCAGCGUCGUCGUCUUGA